AUGUACCUUUCGCUUUCGCUCGCCGCGCUUGCGGCCACUCCUCUUGUUUGCAGUUCGUCAAUCUCCCCUCGACAGGCGCAAAAGGUCACAGUCGACCUCUCCAAGAAGUAUCAAACAAUUGAUGGUUUCGGCUUUUCUGCUGCUUUCCAACGCGCCAACCUCGUCGUCAAUCUUAAAGAGCCAAAACAAACCGAAGUCCUCAACUUACUUUUUAACACUACCUCUGGCGCCGGGUUCUCUAUCCUCAGAAAUGGCAUUGGCUCGUCUCCGGACAGCUCUUCUGACCACAUGAACACUAUCUUGCCGAAGUGUCCGAGUACUCCCGAUGGAACUCCAGAUUAUAAGUGGGAUGGGAAGGAUAGCGGGCAGCUUUGGCUGAGCCAGCAGGCAGUGAAAUACGGAGUGAAAUCGUUCUAUGCAAAUGCCUGGAGUGCCCCGGGGUGUAUGAAGACGAAUGGAAAUGAUGCUAAUGGAGGAAAUCUUUGCGGAAUCACUGGAACCUCGUCCUGCAAGUCUGGUGAUUGGCGUCAGGCCUUUGCGAAUUACCUUGUCAAGUACAUUCAGUUGUACGCUGAGAAUGGUGUGAAGGUAUCGCAUUUAGGAUUUUUAAACGAGCCUGACUUUACCGCAUCCUACGCCUCCAUGCUCUCCUCCGGCACCCAAGCUGCAGACUUCAUCAAAAUUCUCUACCCAACUCUCCAGAAAAACAACAUGUCUGACGUAGGUAUCAACUGCUGUGAAGGCACUGGUUGGUCCGUCGCCUCGGGACACGCAUCGCAGAUCGCUGCUGCGGGCGUUGAAAACAUGGUUUACGCCAUCACAUCGCACGAAUACACUUCGCGUAUCAGCGGCACGAUGAAAACCACCCGCCGCGUCUGGCAGACCGAAUACUCCGAUCUCAAUGGUGGAUGGAGCACCAGUUGGUACAGUUCGGGGGGUGCGGGAGAUGGCUUCACAUGGGCGAACACCGUGUUCAACGGCAUCGUGAAUUCGAACCUCACGGCGUAUAUUUUCUGGGAGGGUGUUCAAGACCGUGCAACUAACAACAACAAUAACGAGAAAUUGAUUCUGGUCGACGGACAGAGCUACACCGUCUCCAAGCGUCUCUGGGCCUUUGCGCAAUUUAGGAUUGUGCGGCCUGGUGCUGUUCGCGUUGGUGCGAGUGGCGGCAGUAACCUUAAGAGCGCGGCGUUUGUUAACACGGAUGGCAGUAUUGCGGUCGUUAUGAUUAACUCGGGGACUGGAGCGGCGAAUGUGGGCGUUUCAUUGACGGGCAGCACGCUGACGAAUCCGGUGGUUAAGGCGUGGUUGACGGAUAAUACGCAUGAUAUGAGUGCGACGGAUGUUACGGUUGGGACAGAUGGGACGGCUAGCGCGAGUGUCCCAGGGAGGGGCAUGAUUAGCUUUUUGGUUACGGAGGGGGGCGCUUAG